UCGAAGAAGAAGAAGGUGAGCGCCAUGACACACCGCACAGCUGCCUGAAACAACGACAGCAAAGAAUGAAAAUAUUAUUUUGAUUUGGUUAUAUUUCAGCGUUUGUAAAUUCAAAGGAGAUUGUCUUUAGUUGUACACCAUGGAGCCGACAGCGCCCAAAAGCAAGCUGAAGAAACUGAGUGAAGACAGUCUAACAAAACAACCGGAGGAGGUCUUUGAUGUUCUGGAAAAACUUGGUGAAGGGUCCUAUGGCAGUGUGUUUAAAGCCAUCCAUAAGGAGUCAGGCCAGGUGGUGGCUAUCAAACAGGUUCCUGUUGAGUCAGACCUCCAGGAGAUCAUCAAGGAGAUAUCCAUCAUGCAGCAGUGUGACAGUCCCUAUGUGGUGAAGUACUAUGGGAGCUACUUUAAGAACACAGACCUGUGGAUAGUGAUGGAGUACUGUGGAGCCGGCUCUGUUUCAGACAUCAUCAGACUACGCAAUAAGACGCUCACAGAGGAUGAGAUAGCCACCAUCCUCAAGUCCACAUUGAAAGGUCUGGAGUAUCUGCAUUUCAUGAGGAAGAUCCACAGAGACAUCAAGGCAGGCAACAUUCUCCUCAACACAGAGGGCCAUGCCAAACUGGCUGACUUUGGAGUAGCGGGACAACUCACGGACACGAUGGCAAAGCGGAACACGGUGAUCGGGACUCCGUUCUGGAUGGCUCCAGAGGUCAUCCAGGAGAUAGGAUAUAACUGUGUGGCAGACAUCUGGUCCCUGGGCAUCACCUCUAUAGAGAUGGCUGAAGGCAAACCUCCCUACGCUGAUAUACAUCCCAUGAGGGCUAUUUUCAUGAUCCCAACCAACCCUCCACCUACGUUCAGGAAGCCUGAGCUGUGGACAGACGACUUCACACACUUUGUAAAGAAAUGUCUCGUGAAGAACCCAGAACAGAGAGCUACAGCCACGCAACUACUACAGCAUCCGUUCAUCACGGCAGCCAAGCCAGUCACCAUCCUGAGAGACCUGAUCACUGAGUCCAUGGAGAUGAAGGCUAAGCGACAACAGGAGCAGCAGAGAGAGCUGGAGGAGGAGGACGACUCUGAAGAGGAGGUGGAAGUGGACUCCCACACCAUGGUGAAGUCUGGGUCAGAGGGGGCUGGCACCAUGAGAGCUACCAGCACCAUGAGUGACGGAGCUCAGACCAUGAUCGAGCAUGGCAGUACCAUGUUAGAGGCAGACCUGGGAACCAUGGUCAUCAACAGUGAUGAGGAGGAGGAGGACAACGAUGAAGGCUCAAUGAGGAGACACCCCACCUCCCAGCAGGCCCUGAGACCCUCCUUCAUGGACUACUUUGACAAGCAGGACUCUAAGGUCCAACAGGAGAGCUAUAACCAUAACCGGCAGCAGGAACCAGGCUAUCACAUCAGCCAGGCUAAGAACGUCUUCCCUGACAACUGGAAGGUUCCUCAGGACGGAGACUUUGACUUUCUGAAGAACCUUGACUUUGAGGAGCUGCAGCUGCGUCUGACGGCUCUGGACCCCAUGAUGGAGAGAGAGAUCGAGGAGCUGCGCCAGCGCUACACCGCCAAGAGACAACCCAUCCUCGACGCAAUGGACGCCAAGAAACGCAGACAGCAGAACUUCUGAAGAGCCUGACCUGAGGAACACAUUCUGACCUGGUGCCUGUGUUCAUACAGCGUCUCACAUUCCAGAGUGCUGAUCUAGACUAAGGUCCACUUUCCAUGUAAUCUUAUUCCUUAUGAUCUAAAAGGCAGAACUGAUGCUAGAUCAGCACUCUGGCAGCAGAACUGAUGCUAGAUCAGCACUCUGGCAGCAGAACUGAUGCUAGAUCAGCACUCUGGCAGCAGAACUGAUGCUAGAUCAGCACUCUGGCAGCAGAACUGAUGCUAGAUCAGCACUCUGGCAGCAGAACUGAUGCUAGAUCAGCACUCUGGCAGCAGAACUGAUGCUAGAUCAGCACUCUGGCAGCAGAACUGCUGAGGACCUUAUAGAAGGCAUGGUGCUUUCUUUUAAGACCUGACCAAGGGAGAGGAGAGACCUGACAGCUCUCUGGAAUUUAAUUCAACCUGUGCUCCUAAAUGUCAAUUUUCUCAUCACCACCCCAGUAGUCAGGAUGACUCCAGUCCACACUAUUUUCCCAUUGCUCUGGACUAAUGUAACAAUUAUUAGCCUCCCCAUCUGUUAAUGAUGAACCUGUAGGUAGCCUCACAUCUCUCUGUUAAUGAUGAACCUGUAGGUAGCCUCACAUCUCUCUGUUAAUGAUGAACCUGUAGGUAGCCUCACAUCUCUCUGUUAAUGAUGAACCUGUAGGUAGCCUCACAUCUCUCUGUUAAUGAUGAACCUGUAGGUAGCCUCACAUCUCUCUGUUAAUGAUGAACCUGUAGGUAGCCUCACAUCUCUCUGUUAAUUAUGAACCUGUAGGUAGCCUCACAUCUCUCUGUUAAUGAUGAACCUGUAGGUAGCCUCACAUCUCUCUGUUAAUGAUGAACCUGUAAGUAGCCUCACAUCUCUCUGUUAAUUAUGAACCUGUAGGUAGUCUCAGAUCUCUCUGUUAAUUAUGAACCUGUAGGUAGCCUCACAUCUCUGUUAAUUAUGAACCUGUAGGUAGCCUCACAUCUCUGUUAAUUAUGAACCUGUAGGUAGCCUCACAUCUCUGUUAAUUAUGAACCUGUAGGUAGCCUCACAUCUCUGUUAAUUAUGAACCUGUAGGUAGCCUCACAUCUCUGUUAAUUAUGAACCUGUAGGUAGCCUCACAUCUCUGUUAAUUAUGAACCUGUAGGUAGCCUCACAUCUCUGUUAAUUAUGAACCUGUAGGUAGCCUCACAUCUCUCUGUUAAUUAUGAACCUGUAGGUAGCCUCACAUCUCUCUGUUAAUUAUGAACCUGUAGGUAGCCUCACAUCUCUCUGUUAAUUAUGAACCUGUAGGUAGCCUCACAUCUCUCUGUUAAUUAUGAACCUGUAGGUAGCCUCACAUCUCUCUGUUAAUUAUGAACCUGUAGGUAGCCUCACAUCUCUCUGUUAAUUAUGAACCUGUAGGUAGCCUCACAUCUCUCUGUUAAUUAUGAACCUGUAGGUAGCCUCACAUCUCUCUGUUAAUUAUGAACCUGUAGGUAGCCUCACAUCUCUGUUAAUUAUGAACCUGUAGGUAGCCUCACAUCUCUGUUAAUUAUGAACCUGUAGGUAGCCUCACAUCUCUGUUAAUUAUGAACCUGUAGGUAGCCUCACAUCUCUGUUAAUGAUGAACCUGUAGGUAGCCUCACAUCUCUGUUAAUGAUGAACCAGUAGGUAGCCUCACAUCUCUCUGUUAAUGAUGAACCUGUAGGUAGCCUCACAUCUCUCUGUUAAUUAUGAACCUGUAGGUAGCCUCACAUCCCAAAGUAUAAUUUUCCUAAAGAUGUUUCUCCCCUUUUUAAAGCGUCCUUUGACUGAUAAAUACUAGCUGGGUUUCUCCUAGCUCUGCUACUGUUAUCAGGCUCUUGGGGAAAUUACCAGCAGUAAUGGAAAAUAAUAUUAAACUUACUUGUAGACUUUCUGCAUUGUAAUUUCAGAAAAUGUCCAGAAUAUAUCUGCAGUAAUAGUGGAAUGAUAGUGUUUUACACAACCAACAAAAUGUUUGAUUGACAACAACCGCCAGACUGGCUUCUGUUGUCAAGAUGGGAAAACUGCACCCUCUCCCAUCGGCGUUACUAAGAGGCGUGGUCAUCUCCUCAAGCACGACCAACAAUGGCAGACUGGGUAAAGCGCCCAAUCACUCUUUCCUGGUUACUACAGUUCUACACUCUUUCCUGGUUACCACAGUUCUACACUCUUUCCUGGUUACCACAGUUCUACACUCUUUCCUGGUUACCACAGUUCUACACUCUUUCCUGGUUACCACAGUUCUACACUCUUUCCUGGUUACCACAGUUCUACACUCUUUCCUGGUUACCACAGUUCUACACUCUUUCCUGGUUACCACAGUUCUACACUCUUUCCUGGUUACCACAGUUCUAUACACUUUCCUGGUUACUACAGUUCUACACUCUUUCCUGGUUACCACAGUUCUACACUCUUUCCUGGUUACCACAGUUCUACACUCUUUCCUGGUUACCACAGUUCUACACUCUUUCCUGGUCACCACAGUUCUACACUCUUUCCUGGUUACCACAGUUCUAUACACUUUCCUGGUUACUACAGUUCUACACUCUUUCCUCAAUUCCUGUUUAUGUGAGAACAUAUUGUUGGGAAUCAUUGUACCAUCUAAAUUGCUGUGAAUAUAUAUUUUUUAAUAGCAAAAAAUAUAGUUUUUACAGCUAGUUGGUGGAUGAAAUGGAAAGUAAAAUAGUCUUACCACAAUGCUCCAGGGAAAUAGCUGUUGGAACACUCCACUAUGGUAGAGGCAGCCAGCCGGGGGGACGGUAGAGGGGAUCGAUGGGAACCCCGUGGUGUUUGUUUGAUAUUAUCAGGAUGUAAUACUCUACAUAACCCAGUUACGGAAAGCUGUGGCGCUUUGUCCACGACCAAAGACUGUCUUAAUGAGAACGAAAGAGCAAUGAAUUCACAUGAUCUGAGUGGACAGACUCCUUUUCUAGGAACUAGAUCUGAAAACCUAAUGGAGAUGAUGUGACCUGAAUGGACAGACUGUUUUCUCCCAAUAGGAACUAAGCUGAACAAAAAUGUAAACACAACAUGUAAAGUUUUGGUUCCAUGUUUCAUGAGUUGAAAUAAAAAAUCCCAGAAAUUUUC